AUGGACCUGCUACAUCUCUCUUCCAUCGGCUACUCGGUCUGCCUUAUUACGCUCACGCAGUAUGGAUUGGGCUACCAUAUUUCAUACCUCAGAAAUUCCGGAUAUGACCUUCUGCCCUUUUUGCAGAUCCUCGUUUUCCCGUUGCCCUUCACCCACUAUCUAGCUGUCUGCUGCACGAAAUCGUCAAUUUUGUUAUUUUACCUCCGCUUCUCGAUCAGCCGCCGCUUCAACUAUUGUGUGUAUUUUGUCUUGUUCACCGUCGUGGGGGCCAACUUCUUCGCGGCCUGCGGCAUCCUGUUUUUCUGCCGGCCCAUCUCGUAUUUCUUCGACCAGACAUCCCAAACGGGAACCUGCAUAUCAGGCCAUGUAUGGUUUGCCUGGAUCAUCAUACUCAACUGCAUUACCGACGCCGUUCUGCUCGUGCUUCCAGUCUGGAUUAUCCGUCCUCUGCGAGUGGGCUUCGCUCAGAAAGCCGCCCUGACCGCAAUUCUCGGCACCGGUGGCCUCGUCGUCGCCAUCAGCAUCCUUCGCGUCAUUAUUGUCGCCAGGGGCUGGGGCAACAAGGAUUUUACCUACCGGUUUGCUAUCAACUACACGUGGAGCAUCAUUGAGGUCAACAUGGCUAUCGUCUGCGCUUGUGCACCCUGCCUGCGGGGGCUGGUUGGCCGUUAUGUCCCUUCUCUGACGCACCUGGUCGUGAGGCGCGAUCCUACAGACAUUUAUGCAAUACCGAUUUCACAGGUCGCCAAUCGGCUUCAGCAACAGCCCGCUGCACAACCUGAAUGCUCCGGGAGCAAUACUAGCACAACAACAUGUGUCGGCUCGAGCACGAGUGGUGGGCCCUGCGGCUCCAAGACGUCGGUAAAGCAUCGUGAGGAUCGCACAGCAUAA